AUGGAAACAUCUGCACAUGAAGUUUUGGCAUUUAAAUGGCUCGAUCGAGGAUAUAAUUUUUUUAUUACAGGAGGAGCAGGAUGUGGUAAAAGUUAUUUAUUGAACAAAUUAGCUACUAGUGAACAACUUUAUAAAAAUAUUGAAAUUACAGCUAGUACUGGUACAGCUGCACAUCUUAUCGGUGGCAUGACUCUUCACAGUUUUGCUGGAAUCGGUGUGGGUAGAAAUAAAUGCGAAUUUUAUUUAAAGCAUAUGAAACCAGAGGUGAAGGAAAGAUGGUUAAAUACAGACGUUUUAAUUAUUGACGAAAUAUCAAUGAUCAAUGCAAAAACAUUUGAUUUAUUGCAUGAUUUAGCGUGCAAAAUACGAAUCGAAAACGAAGAACUUUUUGGUGGUAUGCAAAUUAUUGUGUGUGGAGAUAUGUUACAAUUAAAACCUGUCGAAGGUGAUUAUAUAUUUAAAUCUGAAAUUUGGAAAAAAUACAUGCAACGUUCUGUGGUUUUGACAAAAUGUUUUCGUCAAAAAGAAGAUCCUCUGUUUUUUAAUGCUUUAAAUGAAAUUCGAUUGGGAAAAGUAAGCGAUGCAUCUAUAGAAUAUUUAACAAAGAGACAUUUUACAAAUGAUCAACUCAUUGACAAAAGUUAUCCUAGAUUAUUUUUCUUAAGAGGAAACGUUUUUAAAUAUAACGAAAUCAAAAUGUCCGAGUUAAAGGGUAAAGCUACAUGUUUCAAAGCUAAAGAUAAAAUUUUAGAUAAAAAUAUAACAGUAAAUUCGUUUCAAAUUCCAACCGAAGUGACAGUCAAAUUGGGAGCCGUUGUCAUGUUAUUAAAAAAUAUCAACGUCGAAGAAGGUCUAUGUAAUGGUGCAGUUGGUGUUGUAACUCAUGUUGGUUUAAAUAGCAUUAACGUUUUAUUUAAAGACAACGAAAUCGUUAUUGAAAUAAUGAAAGAAGAUAUUCUUGAUUCAAAAAAUCAAAUCAUCGCAACUCGUAACGGUUUGCCUUUGCAACUGGCUUUUGCUAUAACAGUUCACAAAGCUCAAGGUAGUACGUUAAAAAAAUUAGUUGUCGAUUUUUCGCAUUCGGCUUUCGAUCCUUCGCUUUAUUAUGUUUCGUUAUCUAGAGUUUGUUCGUUAGAAGAUCUCUACAUGAUACAUCCUGAUGUUAACAUGUUGAAGAACAUUUUAAAAUGUAUAACUGCUAAUCCAGAAGUAUUGAAUUUUUAUGAGCAAUUAAAAAUUAAAUAA